UGGGAGAGUGAUAGAGUAUAUCAGUCAAAGAAAGAACCAAAAGGCAGAGGGAAAGAGUGUGAGAGAACUACUAUGCUCUGUCCCACUCCCUGAAUGUCUUCCCCUUCUCUACAGCCCAGAGAGAGAGAGAGAGAGCAAGAGCAAGAGAGACUACCUUUCCUUACUCUGGACUCUACUGCUCCACCAUGGCACCUGUCACAGACAGAGAGACACUGACCUAGAAGCGCUACAGUACCAGGAACACAGAGUACAAAGGUUCCAGUGCCACUGUGAGAAGCUGCUUCAGUCCCAUCAGAGCUGAGAGGUGUACGGUACAGCAGACGCAGAACAGGGAACGCCACACUACAUAGGAAGGCUGACAACCGAUUGGAGAGGAGAGUGACGACAACAACCCAACCCAUUCCAACGCUAGCCGUGCCAGGCUACUGCCAACCCCAGGACGCCAUGAUGAUGACUGUAAUGAUGGCGAUGAUGGUAACAUGUAGCUCCCUGCUCCUCUUGGGGCUCAACGCCUCCCAGGUCUCGUCCAGCGGAAUCCCCAACACCAGCGACUCCUCUUCACCCUCCUCGUCCUCCUCACACCCAUCCUCCUCCUCCUCCCCUCGCAUGAAGCUCUCCUACAAAGAGCUGCAGCAGUUCCACGGCGUGCGGCGGUUCGAGCUGGAGCGCUCGUGCUGUUUCAGCGCUCUUUUAUUGGAUGAGGAGAGGGGACGGCUGUUCGUGGGCGCACGCAACUUCCUCUUGUCACUCAGCCUGGAUAACAUCGCCAAGCAGGAGCACAAGAUCUACUGGCCAGCCCCGGUGGACUGGAGGGAGGAGUGUAACUGGGCAGGAAAGGACAUCAAUACAGACUGUGUGAACUAUGUGAAGAUAGUGCACCACUACAACCGCACCCACCUAUAUGCCUGUGGAACCGGGGCCUUCCACCCCACCUGCGCCUUCGUAGAGGUGGGACAGAAGAUGGAGGACUAUGUGUUCAGGAUUGACCCGUCCAAGGUGGAGGAUGGGAAAGGGAAGAGUCCAUAUGACCCCCGUCACCCUGCAGCCUCAGUACUGAUAGGUGAUGAGCUGUAUGCGGGUGUGGCCACAGACCUCAUGGGAAGAGACUUCACCAUCUUCCGCAGUCUGGGGGGACGACCGUCCAUCCGCACUGAACAACACGACUCACGCUGGCUCAACGAGCCUAAGUUUGUGGGUUCGUUCUGGGUGCCAGAGAGUGAGAACCCAGACGAUGAUAAGAUCUUCUUCUUCUUCCGGGAGACGGCGGUGGAGGCUCAGGGUCUGGGGAAGUCCACCUACUCCCGUAUUGGACAGCUCUGCAGGAAUGAUAUGGGUGGCCAGCGUAGUCUGGUCAAUAAGUGGACCACCUUCCUGAAGACUCGUCUCAUCUGUUCUGUGCCAGGCAGUGACGGCAGUGACACCUACUUUGAUGAGCUCCGGGACGUAUUCCUGCUGCAGACCAGGGACAGGAAGAACCCUCUGGUCUACACCGUCUUCUCUACCUCUAGCAGUGUAUUCAAGGGAUCAGCCGUGUGUAUCUACACCAUGAAUGACAUCCGCAGGGCCUUCCUGGGGCCCUUCGCCCACAAAGAGGGGCCAAACUAUCAGUGGGUCCCCUUCCAGGGCAAAGUCCCCUACCCACGCCCUGGCAUGUGCCCCAGCAAGACAUUCGGCAGUUUCGAGUCCACCAAGGGUUUCCCUGACGACGUGAUCCAGUUUGCGCGUCACCACCCUCUGAUGUUUAACCCUGUAUACCCCCUGAACCGCCGGCCAGUCUUCCUGAGGACCAACGUAGACUACAGCUUCACCCAGAUCGCUGUGGACCGGGUGGGCGCCGCCGACGGGCAGUAUGACGUCAUGUUCAUUGGCACAGACAAAGGGACAGUGCUGAAGGUGAUCUCUGUACCUAAAGAGAGCUGGAAGAACAUGGAGGACCUGCUACUGGAAGAGCUAGAGGUGUUCAAGGAUGCCUCAUCCAUCAUUAACAUGCAGAUCUCCUCAAAGCGGCAGCAGCUGUAUGUGGGUUCAGACACGGGUCUGGCCCAGGUUCCUCUGCAUCGCUGCAGUGUCUAUGGGAAGGCCUGUGCUGAGUGCUGCCUGGCCAGAGACCCAUACUGCGCCUGGGACGGCACCUCUUGCACCCGCUACCUUCCCAACACCAAACGGCGUUUCCGUCGUCAGGACGUGAGGAAUGGAGACCCCAACACCCUGUGUUCAGGAGACCACCACAAGCACCGUGUGUCAGAAAGGAGGCUGUUUGGGGUGGAGGGGAGCAGUACCUUCCUGGAGUGUAUCCCCAAAUCCCUGCAGGCCAGAGUGACCUGGACCUUCCAGAAACACCCCCACAACCCCAGGGAAGAGCUGCGUCUUGAUGACCGUGUCCUGCACACAGAGCGGGGACUGUUGGUAAGGAGGGUACUGAAACGUGACACGGGCCUCUACCAGUGCCACGCCAUGGAGCACGGCUUCACCCAGACCCUACUGGACAUCACACUGGAGGUAGUACCCUCCUCUUCCUCCUCCCCCUCUCCGCCUGCUGACCCUCUCCUUCGAUUGGACCCCCGUAGCGGCGGCCCACCCUCCACCAAUCAGAAGAUGUGGUACCGGAACUUCAUGCAGCUGGUGGACCACCCCAAUCUUAGCACCGUGGACCAGAUCUGCGAGCAGGUCUGGGCGCGCAAGAAUGCCCAAUCGGAAAAGAGCCUCCCGGCUUCUCCUGCCAAACAGGCCCCGCCCCUUGGCCCUGUGGUCCAGGCCCCUAACAAGAAGUGGAAGCAUCUUCAGGACAUCCGCAAGGGGAGGAACCGCCGAACCCACGACGGGAAGCCCUCCUCACGAGCACCGCGAAGUGCAGGGGAGUAGCAACAGACAGAGAGAGGAGAAGGAGAGGGACUGAUACAGAGUUUAGGGAGAGAGGAAAAAAGAGGAGGAAAAGAGAGGGACAGAGACUGAUAGAGACCAAGAACUUAUGGAGGUCAACCACACACACACAGCACCUCCUUCUUUGUGAAUAUUUACCUUCCGACACCCCACUAUCUACUGCCCCAUGAUGCUUCACUCUUCCCUGACACCUGACACCUGACUACCACCCCUUGCUUGUAUUGCCUCCUAUUAAUACCCCAUCCUAAUUCUAUCUGCCCCAGCUGUCAGUCACUUUGUAUGCACUCUGCUGGAGAGCUUCUGAUAGAGACCUCACCACAGCAGAAUAAACUGAGCAGACAGCCAGACAGACAGCCAGACAGACAAGUUAAAGGAUGGCUCAGUGUGUGUAACUCAAUCUCUCAGCGGAAAUACAACUGGCUCGUAACUGGAAUAUCAGAAUGGAAACAGACAUACACACAUUUACAACCCAUGAUGACAAUGAAUUUGAUGAUGAUAUGGAUGACAAAUCGUGAGAUGGACAAAAACAAUGGGAUCAAGACAGAAUACACAUAACUCCAAAUGCAGAUUGAUCCACGUAGAUGUAAUCACAUUUCACGUGUUUUAUAUGCAAAGAUAAGAUAAUAAUGUAGAUGUGUGCUUUGUGGUAGAGCUAGGCUUUGAUAUACUUCUUAGCAUUUUGGUCCAAACAACUAGAGAUUGGAGAAGGCACUAUACUGUCAUUCCAGUGUAUAUAGAGUACUCACAAUGAGGGUAGAUUCUGAAGCAGAAAGAGUGUACAGGAUCGAUACAAUGGUUCUAUUGUGAUUUUGUUUUACAAAAUGGCUGACAAGGUAGGGCAAGUGGAAGAUAUUCUACAUAUAUGUUCAUGGGGUGACAAGAAAUAUGUUUUGUGUUUUAUUUAGUCUUUUAUUUAAAUGAUCUGUGUGUAUUUUCUGAUUGUAAUGACUUGUGUUGUGUGCUGACACAAUUCCAUGUGGGAGUUGAGAUGGUACUAGUGACAGACUGCACAACAUCAAUGUGUAGAUGGGAUUGCAAGGCCUUGUGAAAGAAUAGUAGACUUUAAAUACGACAUCCCAUCUUUGGGCUAAAAGCAUGAUAUUUAUGUGUGAAAACAUCUUGAUUCUUAUUCUAAAUGGUACCUACUUUGUUCUUUGUUCUGUGUGUCUGUGUGUCUGUGUGCAUGUGUGUGUGCGUGCGCGUAUUGGCAAGAGAGCUGAAGAGUGUUUCUGGUCAAUUCCCUGCUGUGUAAUAUGUCCAUUAUAUCAUAAACACAUACAGACAAAUAUCACCACUGAGGUGCCAAGAAUUCCAAAAAAUGACCGUUUUGUCUGAAUUCAAGGACAAUAAUCAGGUACAAUAAAACAAAAUGAUAAAAUA